AUGCUGAUUCUUGGAAUAGAGAGCAGUGCCAAUAAAAUUGGUAUCGGCAUUGUCAAACCUGAUGGCACAAUAUUGGCAAAUGUACGUCAUACUUUCUUUGGACAGCCUGGAGAAGGUUUUCGUCCAUCAGAAACAGCUGAUCAUCAUAGAAAAUGGGCCAUUCCUUUAAUAAAGCAGGCAUUUGAAGUUGCCAAGGUCAGUAAGAAAGAUAUUACAACAAUUGCAUAUACAAUGGGCCCUGGAAUGGGUUCCCCAUUAGAAGUUGGCGCAAUUGUCGCUAGAACAUUAGCUCAACUCUGGAAAUUACCACUUAUACCUGUUAACCACUGUGUUGCUCACAUCGAAAUGGGUAGAGUAGUUACUCAUGCAAAACAUCCAGUUAUUUUGUACGUCAGUGGAGGAAAUACACAAAUCAUUGCUAGAAGUGGCAACAGGUAUAACAUCUUUGGCGAAACAUUAGAUAUUGCCGCAGGAAAUUGCAUAGAUAGAUUUGCAAGAUUGGUAAAUCUUCCGAACGAUCCAGCGCCAGGACUUAAUGUAGAACUUCAAGCGAGAAAGAGUACGAACUAUAUUCAACUUCCAUACGUAGUUAAAGGAAUGGAUGUUUCAUUCUCAGGAAUUUUAACAGAUAUUGAAGAAAAAGUAGGCAAAUAUCCUGUAGAAGACCUUUGCUAUAGUGUACAAGAAACAGUUUUCGCAAUGCUUACAGAAAUUACUGAAAGAUGCCUUGCUCAUUGCGAAAGUUCUGAAGUUCUCAUUGUAGGUGGCGUGGCUUGCAACGAAAGACUUCAAAAGAUGAUUGGUGAUAUGUGCGCCGCUAGAGGUGCCACUGUUUGUGCAAUGGAUGAAAGAUAUUGUAUUGAUAACGGAGCAAUGAUCGCUUAUACUGCUUCUUUGAUGAAAACACCAAUAGAACCAUCAAAGGCAAAUAUUAUACAAAGAUAUAGAACAGAUGAAGUUGUUGUUGAUUGGGAUUAA